GCUUUUUCUUGCAAAUAAAGGUACAAAUACAUGGACACAUUAGUUUUGCUUAGGGAAAAACUUUUUCUCAGUGCAACCGAGAGAUUCGUCCGACUGAUGCCAACACUCCGUUUACUCGCCCAUUUGCUUAUCUUUUUAAUUUUUUUUCUAUUUUCAUUGAAAAUUUUACAUCUUUCUGUAAGCGCGUGCGGUCCAAUUGCACGUGAGCAAAAUAAAUUUCAUUGCACAUUUUGCCGUUAGUAAUUUUCUUUCUGUUUGCACGUGAACCGCGAGUGAUUGCCACAUCUUCGCAAAAAUCAUUCGUCUCUGCGCAGCAGCGUCGCCGCCGCCGUAUCGAUCCCAUCAGGUGAAUUUCCACGUUAGCCUUUUGCCAAGCUGCGUGCGCAUUCCACUCAUGUACAAGAGAAGUCUCAGUUCGCAACUGCCAAGUCGCGAAAAGUGCUCUUGGUGUGCGUCAAGCAAGAAAAAACCGCUGGUCGUUGAACGUUCCUGUUGCUCGGCUUGAGUUUUAUCUUCCAGAAAUCCGAAUUCGAAAAAGACAUCGGAAGCCGUCACCCCAUCGAGGGGCUCGCAAUCACAGAAGUUGACAGAAAGAAAAUAGGCGAAGUUGCUCGGUGGUGACAGGAUAGAAGAGCGCUGCUACAUCAUUACUAGACAACACUGUGUUCAGGUGUGAAGGCAGGAUCGGGUUUCUCCACUUGAGGAGAAGACGCAGGGUAAAAUCCUGCAGGGUGAGGCGAUACAAUAAAGAAGAAAAAAAACAGCCAAUCCAAGCCAGUCGUCGGACGACCACAGCAAAAUCAAGCAACUAAACCACGCGCGACUCACCAAGCAACACAAUCCAAUGUAUUACGGUCCCUCCGGAGGUACCGCCGAGGAAGCCGCUGAGGAAACAUGUCGCUACCACGGGAAUGGAGCUUUCAGGAUGCGUGUCGCGACUCGAGGAACGUCCUGGCCGACCCCGAGAUCGCAAUGGCAGCGUCCCAGGAGAUGGCGAUCUCCGGCAGCGCGAUCAUCGACGAAAAUAUGAAUAAUCAGCCAGCGGCGCAGCUGGGUUCUCUCUUCUCGAUUCACUCGGCACCGGUGUUUGAUCUGAGCAGCGGCAUGGCCUCCGGUGUGCCUUCGCCGAAGCGACCGGCUUCCUUGGCGGUGCAGACCACCGCGACUUCGACUCCGGUGGUGCCGCCGCAUCUACAGAGUCCCGAAGGUACGCUCGUCGAAGAGGAGGACAAUGACAAUCUGCUGACCAUUUCCAGCCUCACCGCUCGGCCGCUCAUCGCCAAAUCCAGGGAACUCAGAUCCGUCAAGAGUUCGGUUCCGAAGAGAAGAAAAUCCCGGCAGAAAAACGAGACGAGGAAACCGCGAAACAUCACUUAUGUCCCUUUGGACGGCGGUUAUGGAUGGGUGGUGGUGACCGGCGCCUUUUUCGUACAGUUUUGGGUUGCCGGAUUGGUAAAAUCUUACGGCGUGCUCUACGUCGAAGUAAUGGAGACUUACAAGGACUCGUCCGCCUCGGUUGCGUCUUGGAUACCGGCGAUUCUGACGUGCCUGUGUCUGGCGCUCGCUCCGGUGACAAGUAUGCUCUGCCAGAAGUAUAGUUGUCGAACGGUGGUCUUCGUGGGUGGACUUUUCUGCGCUCUAGGACUUACAACUAGUUACUUUGCCACGCGAUUGAUACAUCUCUUUUUUACAUUUGGAGUGUUGACAGGUAUCGGCGGUGGCUUAUCCACGACACCGGGUAUAAUUCUGGUGUCUCAAUAUUUUGACAAACAUCGCGCUCUGGCGAAUGGGAUCUGCGUGUCCGGCACCGCCGCGGGUAGUUUCGUGUUUCCGCUUCUCAUCGAGUUUCUGAUAGACGAUUUUGGCUUUCACGGCACGAUACUUUUACUGGGCGGUUGUAUGCUGCACGUGUGCGUAAGCGCGACGCUCUAUCGGCCGCUGGACGAAAAUUACGCACCUGAAGAGAACACCUCGGCGGAGAAGAUCGAAUCGAAAGUAGAGAAGGAGCAGGAUCAAGAGAAAUCGAAGCAGCAAAAAUUGGAUUUGCUGUUCGCGAAUGAUCCGACCGCUCGGCACAAUGUGCUGAACGAGCUGUUCCAUCAGAACAGCGCCGUGAUGAUCGAGCUGACCGACAGCGACGAGGAGAAGGACGUGAUGGGCGAGGGUCUUCGCAUGAAACCAAUCUCCAAGAUCCGCAGUUCCAGCAUCCUGCACAGCGUGGAGGAUCUGUCCACUGAUUCGACGUGCGUGUACAAGGCCGCCAGAUCGUCGUUGAGAUCCCUGAAAUCGUCCGUAACGGCGAUGGGCCCGCCGGAACAGCAGCAGCAGCAGCAGCAGCAGCAACAGCAGCAGCAGCAACAGCAGCAGCAACAACAACAACCGCCGUCGCCGCCGAGCAGGAUGCCGUCUUUGACGCUGACCGCAUCUUCAGAGGCCAAAAUCACGUUCAUGCAGAAACUGACGCGUUAUCUCGAUCUCUCGCUACUUAAAAAUCCGCAGUUCAUCAUGAUGUGCUUCUCCGUCAGUCUGAUGUCCACCGGCAGUCCUUACAUGCUGUACUAUUUGCCGGCGUACGUACACGCCGCCGGUUACACCAAAUCGGAGGCCGGAUAUCUAGUGGCUAUUUCCGCCGUUCUGGAUCUCUGCGGCAGACUCGGUCUCGGUUGGCUGUCCGACCUGAAGCUGUUCGAUCGACGAAAAGGAUACAUCGGAAGUGUAGUGGGUGCCGGUGUGGCGGUCCUGGCGAUCCCAAUGGCUCAUUCCUUUUACGUGCUGGCGUGUUCCGUCGGCAUGUACGGAUUGUGCCUAGGUUGUUGGUUCCUCCUAGUUCCCGUCCUGCUCGCUGAUCAAUACGGCACCGAUAAAAUAUCGUCUAGCUACGGUCUCGUGAGGAUGUUUCAGAGUUUCGGAGCGAUCUCCAUUCCACCUUUAACAGGUUAUCUGCGCGACGUAACCGGAAGUUACACCGUGUGUUUCUUGUGCAUGGGCACGUGUAUGGUCAUAGGGGGCCUACCCCUAUUGUUAGUUUUCAAUGAGAAUCAACCAAACUCGACAACAGCAACAAGGCUGCCCGUAAACGUCGAAAAUAACAAUCGUCAAGAGGACACUACUGUGAAAGAGUAAAUUAUUUUGAAAAUGUGAUCGUUGUGAGAGUAAGAGAGAGAUAAUAAAGUGAUCUAAUGUGUAAUAGAAUAAAAAAAUACAAAUAUAACUCGUAAAAGUUGUCACAAAAGAAAUAGUUGCUUUUACUUUGGAAUACCCGUUUCUCGUUUCCUAUCUCGAAAUUGCUCACCCUUACAGAAAUUUAUUUGUGAUAAAUCUCCAAUUUUUAUUACUGGCCAAAAUAAUAUAUAUAUAUAUUUUUUUUUGAGUAACAAACACCCUGUUUAACAGCGAUAAAUUUCUAUAAGAGUGAAUAAAUAUAAGUUGUAAAAAUACAGUGUAGUUUUCUUGGAUCUUUUUUUUGUUUUGCACGCGUCGUUACAACAGUGAUUUUUAAAACAGUUUUUAA